AUGGUUCGCCGGUCGACUUCCUCCGCCUUGCCUGCUGUGGCGGCCCUGGUGGCCUUCUACUACGCCUGCCAUGCCUUUGUUGGCCUUGCACCGGCCUCACGCACGCCGACAGUGACACGCUUCGGCGGUGGUGAAAGCGUGCCCACUGGCCUCGUCUGGCCUUCCCCCGAGGCAGAGGAGAAGCUGCGCGAGGUAGAUGGCAUCAAGCUGUUCCCGACCCAUGCCUGGAAGGAUGAGAUGGAUCCUAUUGUCGACUCCAAAGUGAAGCUGGAGGACACCCCUGUGAUUGUGGGUGUCGCUGCCGACUCUGGCUGCGGAAAGUCCACCUUCCUGCGCCGUAUCCUCGGGGCACUAGGCACUGAGGUGGCGCCAGGGCACACCGCCAUCGGCGACAUGAUGACAGUGAUCUGCCUCGAUGACUACCACACGAACGAUCGUGCUGGCCGCAAGGCAACAGGCCUCACCGCCCUGGAUGCACGCGAGAACGACUUUGCCCUGAUGGGCGUCCAGAUUGAGGCCCUGAAGAGUGGCAAGGCGGUCUACAAGCCGAUCUACAACCACGACACCGGCAACAAGGACCCACCUGAGCUCAUCGAGCCCAACAAGGUCAUGGUCUUCGAGGGCCUGCACCCCAUCUACGACGAGAAGGCCCGUUCCCAACUCGACCUGGCGAUCUACAUCGACAUCGUGAAUGAUGUGAAGUUCGCGUGGAAGGUGCAGCGUGACGUUGCUGAGCGCGGCUGGACCGAGGAGCAGGUCCGCGAGGACAUCGAGAAGCGCCUUCCAGACUUCUCCAAGUACGUGGACCCGCAGAAGGCCAAUGCAGAUGUCGUGCUCCGUUAUGAGCCCUCUGACAAGGGCCUGCCCUUCCUGAAGGUCAAGCUGAUCCAGAAGAAGGGCGGCAAGUUCCCGAUGGUCACCCUGAAGAAGGACCUGACCCUGGAGGGCAGCGAGCCUGGCGCGGUGCUGAAGAUGUACGACGAUGAUUGGUUUGGCAAUGACGUCACCGUCGUCGAGAUGGAUGGGGAGAUUGACAUGGACAACAUGGAGAGCCAGCUCAAGGAGAUUGAGGAGAGCCUCGAGGGCCUGGGUGCCAAGUCGUCCGGCGAACUCACGGAGGCUAUGGUCGGCCUCAAGUCAUCCCCGGGCUCCCAGAACGGCACCGGCCUCCUUCAGACCGUGAUCGCCAUGAAGGUGCGCGAGAUCUAUGAGAAAAUUACCGGCAAGGAGGCAUGA